CCAUAGUUCACUGAGCGCCACAAUUUGUUGACGUGGUUGGACUUUGCCUUAACAGCGCUCAUGCUCUAACCUUACAACAUGCUUCUGAACCAGCAGAACCUCAGGCACCGUUAAUUUUCACACCAUGAGCCAGCUUGGUUGUAGUCACUGAGAUCACCCCUUUGCUGUGUUUGCGGCCCUCUCCCUGUGCACAUAAACAGCAGGAUUCAUGAUUGCACAGCUCACGAAUCAUGAGGCUUAGAGAUCUCCCCCUCGACUGGCUGAGUCUGAACUGCUGCGCCGCUUUAGUGGACUUGGAAUAAGCAGCUGCAAUAUGCUCCUUACCAACAUCUAAUCAAAAUAACAAACAUGCACGAAUCUAGCAACUCCAACUCUGCUGCCUUCUCUUAGCGCUCAUCUGAUUUACGUCUUGUAGAAUACAUGAUUAGAAAUGCCUCGCCACGGUAUCAAGAACUCCAAUGCUGCUAGCAUCGAAAUCACAGAUUUUCAAUCCACUUACCUGCCAGGGAGCGUCGUCCUUGGCCAUGUGGUAACAAAACUUUCAUUUGCGGAAGUUUCAAAAGCUGACCAGACGUCGGUCAAUUUAAAGCUCUUUGGCCGCGCCAAAACCAAGAUUGUGGACAAGUCAGGGCAGGUUACCGUCAUCUACCGCGGGAGGGCGGGAUUCGCUGAGGAGCAAGAAUGCAUAUUCCGUGGGCCCGUCACCGCCGGCGCACGAAUACCAUUCGCAAUCACAGUUCCUCAAGCUGCACAGCCCGGGUUUGAGAAGCGUGGCGAUAGCUGGGAUAGGGAUAGGAGCGACAACUGGGGCAUUAUGCCGGGUAGCCAAAGCUCCCAAGCAAUACGCAGAUAUUACCUUUGCAACACACAAGACGAUGUUACAAAGCAAACACUUCCGGGCGUGUUUUAUUUCAGGGACAAAUCUCAAUGGAGUGGAAAUAUCUAUGAGGCAUUUAUUGAAUAUGUCCUGGAAGCAACAAUGACCUGUCCCGGGACAAAGGAUGUAGUAGCCACAUUCCCGCUGCUUAUCAGGACACCAUCGACACAAAAACCGUUAGCAGAAGCCGAUCACGAAUUCAUUGUCCGUGACUCAUUCAAAACUAUUCGAUCCGAACGACUAAUUGCGCAGAAUUCGGACAAAAAGUUGACAUUGCGGGAUAGAUCCAAAAUGUUUUUCAAGCUGUCCAAGGUACCACGUUACUCCUACAAGGUCAAAAUCAUCUUUCCUCAGGUUAUCCAAUUAGAGCAUCCGGACCCGUUGAGCCUCAAGAUAUAUGUCGUGCCGAUCUUGGACCAGGUUCAAACUACAGUUUGCCCGGACGGUGACGUUCGGCGCCUGCCUGCGGUCGAGUUCGUGUCGUUGGAGUUGGAUCUUGUUUCGCUCACCCGCCUUCGAUGCGAAGGUUCUCUUCCUGGCCGCCCUCAUGGCAAAGACAGAGAAGAGACGCUUUCUGUACCUUUUCGAUACUCAUUCGAGCCCUUCACUUUCAAAGUCCCAGUUAUCAUUCGCGGAAAUCUUAAUCCCCAAGAGUCUGCAGGAAUUGGCUACAGGAAUGACUAUCGUGAUGGCGACCUGGACGCUGUGCUUGGGUCGCCAUACAUAGACCCAGGUGCUCUUAGGCCACUUGAAGAUGGUACCCCAGUACCGCAAGGCCCGAUCCCGUACACAAGCUUUCAUGCUGACGAUGCGGGUGCAUAUUUCUUGGGUUCGCCGUUUGACUUGGGCUCACAUCUGGACAUACGACUUUCGCAAUUCGCAUCAUCAACAAUGGGCCACACGAGAGUCCCCUUUGGAAAACCGGUCUGGCCGUCCUUUACGACUUACAAUAUCGUUCGUGCUUAUGAACUGUCAUGGCGGGUCAAGCUCACUUGCGCAGGAGAAUCGCAUACGGUUGCCGGGAGAGGCAACGUUACAGUCCUCCCGCCGAGCGAAGAACAGGAAGUUAGAAAGAAGCGGGAGCUAGGUAAGGACGGGAUGCAGAGAAACCACGAUGACCUCAUGGGCGCGCUAGAACUAGCAUGGACGGGCUUUGAGACAGGGCUCGAUGUAUUGCAGGCAAUAACUGGAACAUAGAUCGUCACUCGGAGAAAGAUAGUUUCUCAUACUAGACUAUAACCGAGUGUCAGCUCAACGAGGCCCAUAAGUCACCUGCCGUUUGGAUGACAUUUACCGCUCUCUGAAUACUGUGUUGCUGACAUGGUGAGCGUCAAGCUGCUUGCUAUACAGAUUAACUAUAACGGUGGUCUUCCAAUCUAAGUUGCGCUGACCGCAAUGGAUAUAUCUACUUGAUGUGGUGUCAUUGACAAUAUAUUGUAUUAUGGUG